AUGUGGCCACUUCCGAACCUACCCUGUGAGCUCCCCACGGCCACAGUUCCCGAGUUCAUCGACCUCAAGUCGCUGGUUGAACAUUUUCAGCUGGUGUUCAAUGAUGUGCAAGAGGAGCACUUUGUUAAGGGGGCCAUUUGGCGAGAUCUAUUUGCCAUGACUGGAACCCUCAGAACAUUUUACUCGGCAUCAUCGAUUGCAGGUGCAUGGCAGGCGACUGCUUCAACUCACCUUCCGUCCAAGUUUGUCAUUGAUGGGGAGCCUCGUGUCAUCCAGGCUGGACCGUCUGCUUGGGUCGAAAUGAGUUUCACGUUUGAGACAAACGGAAUUCCGGCCACUAUUGGUUACGGGUACAUAUCCGUAGUGCCUGAAUCAGACGGGAAGUGGAGAAUAUGGCAGCUGCGGACCAUCCUCGAGCAACUCAAAUCACACCCGGAUGUGGAUGUUCUCCAACCGGCCAAUACCGAAAGCGUCAGUGAGACGCAUAGAACCCGUGGUGAGCUUGCUACCAACGGUGUUCAACCUCAUCUGCACCAGAACGGCGAAACAUCUACCAGCUACGGGCACGAAGACUAUUUCGACUGCUUGAUCAUUGGCGGCGGCCAGGCGGGCUUAAGCGUUGGUGGGAGACUCAAGGCUUUAGGGGUUUCGUACGUCAUACUGGAUAAGCAUGAGAAUGUCGGGGAUAAUUGGAAGACAAGAUAUGACUCUACGAAAUUGCACACGGUUCGGGAGUUUGCUCAUCUGCCCUUUGAGCGUACAUUCCCUGCUUCGUAUCCAGAAUUCCUGCCUAAGGAUGAUCUGGCUUCUGGGUAUCGUAAAUGGGCAAGCAAAUAUGACAUCAAUGUUUGGCUCUCCACCACUGUCACUUCCGGAACAUGGAGCACUGAAGAGAAGACUUGGAGAUUGGAGUUACUCCGUGAUGGCAAGAAGUCCUCUGUAUGCGGUGGCAACAUUGUUUUUGCUGUCGGCGGCAACUCCCAGUUUCCCCUGUCGCCGACCUAUGAGAAUAAGGACAUCUUCCGUGGUAUUACCCUUCACUCUGGAGAGUACAAAAAUGCCUCUGGCUGGAAAGGAAAACAUGGAGUUGUGGUCGGGACGGCCAAUACCGCUCACGACGUGGCAGAAGAUAUGCUCCAAGCUGGGAUGGCAUCGGUAACGAUGGUUCAGAGAUCCAAGACUUAUGUGGUGCCAGCCGAGCAUUACAGGGAAACCCACGAUAGAGUGUACAAGGAAUCUAUUCCAACCACCGUGUCCGACCGCUUGUUCUUCUCAGGCCCAGCUGUACUAGGUCGGAUCAUGGGUUCUCGUUCGCUGCACGCCAAAGCCAGAAAGGAGCCUGAACGAUUCGACGCCCUAGAGAAGGCGGGAUUCCUGCUCGAUCGGGAUGGAGAUAUAUCCUACUACUUGUUCCAGCGGUUCGGGGGCCACUACAUGGAUGUUGGAACCUCUGCCAAGAUUGCCAGUGGGCUGAUCAAGAUGAAAUCCGAUUCUCUCCCGAUUCGCUUUACAGGGGAUGGUCUAGAAUGUGCCAAUGGUACCUUUCUCCGAGCAGACGUGGUGGUGUUUGCUACGGGAUUCGUAGGCAAUCUACGGCUGGUUGUUGAAGAUCUGUUCGGCCCUAGCGUUGCCUCGCAAGUCGACGAUUUCUGGGGACUAGAUGAUGAGGGCGAGCUCAAGGGAGCCUUCAAGCCUUGCGGACAUCCUGCAUUUUGGUACCACGGGGGUGCGGUUGGUCAAGCCCGAUACAUGUCUCGCUUCAUUGCCCUUCAAAUCAAGGCCAAGUUGCUCGGAACGCCUCUCCCUAUCUACGGAUUGACACCACCUCGGAACUUGCCUCUCAAGACGAAGUAA